UCCAUGUUCAUUCCCUGAGUCUGCAGCGCGCGUAGUGGACAAUCCCGGUACUGCAGGGGUUCAGCUCCUCCCCGAACGCGAAAGCAUUCUGAAUCAGGAAGUGCCGGGAGUUAACAUGGCUUCGAAAAGAAAGGCCGAGAUUUGGAUCGAGGAAGUAAUUUGUCCCGUUUGCCUGGAUUUCUUCACCGAUCCGGUAAUACUGGAGUGUGGACACAACUUCUGUCGCUCUUGUAUCACACGGUGUUGGGAAAGGGAGGAGAGAAACUCCUGCCCGGAAUGUAGAGAGGUGAUUGCUGACCGCACCCUCAGGGUGAAUCGGGCCUUAGCAAAUCUGGCUGAAAAAGCUCGAAAUAUAAAUCUAAAUCCGAAGGGGAAGGUAAAUAAACUUCACUGCGAGGAACAUGAGGAAGAACUGAAGCUGUUUUGUGAAACGGACAAGACACUGAUCUGUGUGAUCUGUGCAGUGGCGGAGGAACACAGAGAGCACCGCUUCAAGCCGAUUAAAGAAGCUGUUAAAAUCUACAAGGAUCAGCUAAAAUCUUCCUUAGACUCUCUCACAAAAAAGAAAUCAGACUUCCAGAAAAAGGAGCAGCAACAGAAAGAGAAGAUUUCCGGAGUUCGGAAACAGUCACACAGCGUUCAGACCCACAUCACAUCCCAGUUUGCUGAACUGCGCCAGAUUAUCACUGAGAAAGAGCAGAGCUUACUCAGGGAUCUCAGGAAAGAAGAGAAGAGGAUUUUAAAUCCAAUGGAGAAAAAUCUUCUUAAGAUUCAAAACAAUAUAAGGUUUAUUCAGGAGGAAAUCUCAAAGUUAAAGGAACAGAUGGAUGAAAAAGACAGUGUGAUAUUUCUCAAGGAUGAAGCUCGUUGGAACAGAAGGCAGGGCAUGCUCUUUACUGAAACCCUGAAUGGAUUUGUAAAAUAGUUCAGAAUAGCAAUUUAUAACCAGCAGUUUAAUAUUUACAGGAUUAAUGACGAUAUCCAGGAAUUGUCAGUGACAGAUGAGACCCUACCGGUUGAAAAAUUCGAUCACCCCUAUUUGUUGAAGACAGUGCUGAGAGAAUCGCUUGAUACUAUUAAUCAAGUCUUGCAGAUUGAUGAAGUGGGCCGUGAGUUCAACAUCCAUCAAACCCUCCCAGAUCAUCCUCCUGAGGAAUCUCACCCCGGAGUCUGUCUCUGAUGUGACGUCACAUCAGAGGGCAGUUCCGUGCCACAGAAUAGACAGACGGGUCUCUGUCACCCUGGAUGUGGAAACGGCGUAUCCGUGUCUCGAGGUGUCUGAGGAUCGGAAGAGUGUGAGAUGGACCGGGACCCGGAGGGAUCUCCCUGAAACCGGGAAGAGAUUCACAGACUGGCCUUGUGUGCUGGGAUCGGAGGGACUCACAUCGGGGAGAAAUUACUGGGAGGUGGAAGUGACGGGGAUUCUGUUCUGGUGUCUGGGAGUCGCCGCAGAGUCUGUGGAGAGGAAGGGACCGGUCAAUCAGAGUCCGGAGACCGGAUUCUGGUUCAUCGGGCGGGAUGGUGACGUGUUACAUCGGGAUUGUGACGUGAUCCGUGUUCUCACCUCCUCCGAGUCCCGUCUCGCUGCCGGUCCCAUCCCCGGGAGGGUGGGAGUUUAUCUCAAUUACGAGUCCGGGACAGUUUCAUUUUACAACGCGGAGACCAAGUCCCAUCUCCACACCUUCACUGGGAAUAAAUUCACGGGGAAACUUUAUCCUUUCUUCGCGACCUGGGUUGAAAACCAUUGGCUGAGAAUCUGCUCCGGUUCCGCUCCGGGUCUGUAAACGGGUCGGGUCCCGGGACCGGCGUCAGGAGUAAAGUCCCUGUAAAUCUAAAUGUGCGGAGAGUGCAGCUAAAUACGUGGCUAAGGAGAUGGUGCAGGAGGGAGGGCUUCAUGUUUCUGGACAAUCGGGCUUUGUUCCCGGGAAAGUGGGGCCUGUUCCGACGGGACGGUUUGCCUCUGAACUGGAGAUUGAUUCUUGCGGGUAGAUUUGCUA